UCCACCAUUCUAUUCCAAAAUAGUCAUAUACUUCCCCUCUUCUAUCUCUUCCUUCUUUCAUCUUUUUGGGUCUAUCCAUCUUAACAAAACAACAAAUGAUUUGCAGAAAAAGUUCUUCCUGAACAACUUUUUGUCCUUUUUUUUCUUCUUCUUUUACAUAACACCAACAUAAACACCCAAAAAAAAAAAACUUGUAGUAACAACAACAAUGGUGAAUGGUUGGCGUAGAGCUUUCUGCACUUCAAUCCCCAAAGAAAACACUUCCAACAACAUUACCAACAACACUUCCAACAACGUUAACAACAGUAGAAGUCCAAAACUAGGAUUCUCAUCUAAAUUCAACUUCUUUUCUUCAUCUUCAUCUUCACCUUCAACCCCACGAUCUCAAACUCCAUUAUCAUCAUCAUCAACAACACCAAUUCUACGGUGUAAAACCGCCAUUGAUGAAACAUCACCAAAGCUUAUAAAAUGUACUACUACACCAGUAACACCACCUUGUUCAUCUUCACCUCACUCAUCACCUUCAACUUUCUCUCUCCUCAAAAACACUCUUCGUUUCUCUAAGCUUAACAGAUGUGGUGUUUGUCUUCACAGUGUAAAAACUGGUCAAGGUACCGCCAUUUUUACUGCUGAAUGUUCUCACUCUUUUCAUUUUCCUUGCAUUACUUCUCUUGCUGUAAAAAACAAUGGUGUUCUUUUAUGUUGUCCUCUUUGUGGAUCUAAGUGGAAUGAUGCUCCUUUUCUUCCUAUUUCUUCAAAAAAACCACUCAAGAAAUCAUCAUCAUCAUCUUCAUCGACUGAAACUCGUUUAUAUGAUGAUGAUGAACCACUCGUAACUCAAAUCUCUUCAAUUCAGUUUAAUACCAUUUUGGAAUCCGAGGAAGAAAAUUUAGAAUCUGACGAUGAAUUCCCUGGGUUUUUCACUCCACGAACACCUCAAAUUUCCGACGCUAGUACCACCAAAGGAGUAAAAGUGACGGUAUCUCCGGAAUCGGCGGUUAUUGCUGUCGGAAGGAGUUACGAGACAUAUGCGGUGCUUUUAACAGUAAAAGCGCCGAGUUUUCCGGCGAGAUCUCGGCGUACUUCGGUGGAUAUUGUGGUGGUUAUCGAUAUAGGAAGUGAGAUGAGCGUCGGAAAAUUACAAUCUCUUAAAAAAGCGAUGAGAGGGAUGAUUUCUUCUCUUUCAUCAAACGACAGACUUUCUGUUGUUGCAUUUGCGUCGACUUCUAAAAGACUUCUUGCUUUACGACGCAUGACUCCGUCAGGAAAAAGGUCAGCUAGGCGACUUAUCGACGCUGUUAAUUUAGCUGGUGAAGGUUGUUGUCUAAACGACGCGCUUCGUAAAGCUGCGAAAGUUGUACAAGAUCGUAAGGAUAAGAAUCAUUUUGCUAGUAUUGUUUUAAUGGACGGUCAUGAUGAGGAGAGAGAAAAUCAAAAUCACAAUAAAAAUCAAAGUUUUGUGUCGUCAACACGGUUUUCUGAGAUACCCGUGCAUACGUUUAGAGUAAGAGAGGAUUUUUCUGAGGAAGUUUUUGUAAAGUGUGUGAAUGUUUUAUUAAGCGUCGUCGUUUUGGAUGUUAGAGUGCAAUUUGGUAUCGGCGCCGGUUCAGCGGGGGAAAUAGCUGCGGUUUAUUCGUGCACGGGUAGACCAGGUUUAUUAAGUUCCGGUUCAGCUAAACUUGGGGAUUUGUAUAGUUGUGAGGAGAGAGAAAUAUUGGUUGAGUUGAAAGUACCAGCAAGUUCAAUUGGGUUGCAACAUGUGUUGUCAGUUAGAUCGUAUCAUAAAGAUCCUUCAUUUAGUAAGCAAGUGAUCUACGGUGGGGAACAAUCGCUUGUAGUUCCUCGGCCGAGGACCAUCCGAUCAUCCGAUCCGAAAAUCCAACGAUUAAGGAGUCUUUUUGUUAUGACACGCGCUGUGGCUGAGAGUAGGAGAUUAUUAGCGGAGAGAAAUGAUUUUAGUGGAGCCGAGCGGCUUCUAGGGUCGGCUCAAGUCGUGUUGGGUCAAUCCAACUUAAAAACGGAUGCGGCUGAGGAGUAUAAAAAGAGAGUGGAAGCCGAGUUGGCGGAGGUGAAAUGGCGGCGACAAGCGCAACCGGAAGAGAAGCGUAAAAAAGAAGGAAGCGGCGGUGGUGGUGGUGGUGGGUGUUGUGUGGUGGAUGAAAAAGGUGAGCCGCUAACUCCAACAUCGGCUUGGAAAGCAGCUGAGCGGCUGGCUAAAGUGGCUAUGAUGAGGAAAAAUUUAAACCGUGUGAGUGACUUGCACGGCUUCGAAGACGCUCGUUUUUAGUUUUUUAAACAAAUUAUUUUUUUGGGCGGUAGUUUAGUAUUUUAAGAAAAAGAAAAAAAACAAAUGUAAGAAAAAAAAAUGGAGCAAUAAAUGUAGAGAGAGAAAAUGAGAGAGAGACAAAGAGCACCGGACGGCUGGGGCCUUUUGCAAAGCAUAUGAUUGAUGAGAAUUGGAGUUUAUGAAAUGGGUCCCACAAAUUUUUAUUUUAUAUGGCUUUUUUGGCCUUUUCCUUUUAUUGUUUUUUUCUAUUGGAAAAGUGAAUUCCAAAAAAAAGAAAAAGUUGAAAAAUAAUUGGAGAUUGUUAAUAGAAAAUUAAAAGGGGAAAAAAAAAAGUAAGAUGAUGGAUGGGUGGAUUCAGGUUUAA